UUACUAUGGAGACCUCUCACAUCUUUUGUUGUCCACUUAAGUGUAAAGGCGCCCGACAGCUGCUACAUGGACCCCUGUAAAGCUAAUAUUACAAAUGAAGAAGGCCUGAUUUGAUCCGUCAGCCUUAUGUGGGUUGGGUUUUCACCUCCAAGAGUCCUGUGGCUGUCAGCUGACCAUGAUGGUCUAAACGGAGGAACCCCAGGAAGAAGCACAGUGUGUUUUCGCUCUCACUACAACUAGGUAGGGACCAGAAGACGGGGAGAGACACGGACCAGAAGAAAGAUCAAGAAACUUGAUUAGACAAAAAAAUGUCACGAAACAAAGAACUGGUGCUGUUCUACAUUAGAUUUAAACUGUCUCAGAGGAACUAUCCGAUCCAACACAUAUUGCCCACCGAGCCCCCGGACGGCACGGGUGCCGGGGACGCAGGGUUGGACGACGAGCAGACGUUAGAGAGGUGCGCUAAUGGGACUUUUAACGGGACGAGUCCAGGAUCCCCUAGGCGGCACCAGGCGGCGUCGGCAGCAACAAUGGACGCAGUAAAAGUGGCCCUACGAGACACGGCCCGCGAGUUCGAGCUGCGCUACUCCCGCGCCUUCAACGACCUUCACAGCACGCUGCACAUCACACCAGCCACCGCCUACCAGAGCUUCGAGAACGUGAUGGACGAGGUGUUCCGGGACGGCGUCAACUGGGGCCGCAUCGUGGGGCUCUUCGCGUUUGGUGGUGCGCUGUGCGUGGAGUGCGUGGAGAAGGAGAUGAGCCACCUGGUAGCCAGGAUUGUAGAGUGGAUGACCGUCUACCUGGAUGAGCAGAUUGAACCUUGGGUGGAGAGCCAAGGAGGAUGGGAACGUUUCGCUGAGAUCUUUGGGGGCAACGCGGCAGCAGAGAGCAGAAGAUCUCAGGAGAGCUUCAAAAACUGGCUGCUGCUGGGGAUGAGUGUGGUGACGGCCUUCAUAGCCGGGUCCAUCUUCGCCCAGAAGCGCCUGUGAGUGGAGUGGACAGUCGCCCUCGCCUCGCCCCGCUGUCCAAUCACUACGCCCAAUGUUAAACAUGAAGGUCCUGUUCCUCUCAUCAGAACUGCUGAUGUGACGAGAAUCCAAAC